GUGGGAUAAAGUGGGGUUGGGAGAGGGGUGUGUUUUUUGGCGUAGCAAGGGAGGAAUCUGUUGGACGGUGUGAUAUGAAUUGCUGUCGUGAACGGUCCGGGAGUUGCAGUUAGGGACCAAGGAGUUGAUGCAAGGGGGCAGGAAGGCAUCUGGAUGGGUGUAGUCGGGCUGUGAGGCCUUGUAGGGGGUGGAAAUAUAUUCUCUUCCAACUUUUUUUUUUGCAAAGUUUUUAUUUUCAUCUUCAUUUGGUAUCUGUUACUGCUUAAAAAAUAUUCUCUGCUGAACUGAUCAAUAAUUUUUUUGUUCAGUAGUUUAGAAGGAAACUGUUGAAUGGCAAAUGGGUGCAGAAUCGUUCUCUCCUAUAGUUCGGGACGUCGAGGUUAGCAGAACCUCUCUGAGACGCAGUGCAUCAAAAGGCAAAUCUGUCAGCAACUUGAAACAUAGUAAAGAUUUUCCCAGUAUACAUCCACUAUCAGCUACUCGAGCUCACAUAUUCCAUGAGACCUAUACACCACAGACUAGAAUCUGUCCUGUAAAACAAUCUGAUGUGUCUGCUAUUUUAGGAUCAAUUAGACCAUCUCUACGGGUAUCCACAACACCAGAGAUGCCUCUGAAAUAUAUUCCAGAAGAUGAGACUGAUUCACCUGGUUUCACUCGCCAGAGGAUUAGUUUGAAAUCAACAAUUGAAACAGGAAGUUUUUCAGAGGACAUAACUCUUAGUGCAGUCAUGUUAAGGGAGGAUGACCCGGGAUUAACUGCUUCAGCCAGCCUGUUUCCAAACUUCUUGGAAUCUUUCCUGAAACAUUCAUCAAGUGCUAUCUUUGACCUGAUAGAAUCUUAUGAAGCCAAUUGCAAGGAACAGGUAAAUGUACUUCAGAAGAUUGUGAACCGUGCUACUCCUGGACAGCAGAAAUUUUCAAAAACAGCUAGUGUUCUCUGGUUUCUUCAGCAAGAAAUGGUCACCUGGCGUUUAAUUGGAUCUCUUUACAGGGAUAGGAUUGAAUCUGGUGUGGAGGAGGGGAUGAUGUUUGAAGUAGCUGCUCCAAAUGCCACUGAAAAGACCAUUGUAGAAAUGCUUUUCCAACGGGAUUCACUGAUACGACAGAGCCAGAUCGUUGUAGACUGGUUAGAGAGUAUAGCCAAAGAUGAAGCUGGAAAUUUUGCAGAGAACAUUGAGUUUUAUGCAAAAUCUGUAUACUGGGAAAAUACAUUACAUGUAUUAACACAACGGCGAUUGGGUAUCUCUGGAUUUUCAAGGCAACUUGUGACUGAGCUGGAUCCAGAUGCUCCUAUCAGGCAAAAAAUGCCUCUUGCAGAUUUGGAUAGGGAAGAUGAUGCCAGAUUUAUGAAAUAUCUCUUUGCUCUUAUUCGAGCUGGGAUGACUGAUGAGGCUCAGCGAUUGUGCAAAAGGUGUGGUCAGGCUUGGAGGGCUGCAACUCUGGAAGGCUGGAAACUGUACCAUGAUCCAAAUCUUAAUGGUGGAGCAAUUCUUGAGCCUGUAGAGGGGAACCCAAACAGAGGUGUUUGGAAGGCUUGUUGCUGGAGGAUGGCUGAAGAUGAACAAUUUAACAGAUAUGAGCGAGCAAUCUACGCAGCCUUAAGUGGAAAUCUCAAACAGCUCCUUUCAGUAUGUGAUACUUGGGAAGACUGUGUUUGGGCAUACUUCAGGGUCAUGGUGGACAGUCUCGUAGAACAAGAGAUCCGUGCAUUGAGUACUCCUGUGCGUGAAUUAGAAGAGUUACCUAAGGAGUACACUGAAGCAAAUUGGACACUAGAGGCAAUAUUUGAAGAGCUGCAAGCAACAGACAAAAAGCAAGUGUUGGAGGAGAAUAAAGCUCAUUACCACAUUAUUCAGAAAUACAUAAUCUUGGGAGACAUUGAUGGUCUAAUGGAUGAAUUUCAGGAUUGGCUAGCAAAAUGCAGAUCUCUCCUUCCAGCACAUCUCCUUCGAUUCAUGACUCAUUUUGUGUUAUUCCUGUGGAAUUUGGGCCUACAGACAAAGGAGGACGUUUGUACGGACAUUCUAAAAACAUACAUAGAGCUUCUAAUCAAAGCUAAGCACACGCAAUUAAUAGCAUUUUAUGUAAGCCACUUGCCCCCAGAGCUGGCUGUCGCUCAAUAUUCUUCAUUUUUGGAGACUGUCACAGAGACUGAGCAACAGAAACUAUGUCUAGAUCUGGCAAGAGAGGCUGGCCUUGAUGUAGCAGCUGUGACCAAGUGUGUUGUAGAAAACAUCCGGAAAAAGGAUGCUGAAGAGUUUACUCACCAUGACUUAUCACCAUCUCUGGAUACUGCCACUACAAAAGAAGAUCGUAUGAAGAUUAAUGUAAUUGACUGGUUGGUGUUUGAUCCUACACAAAGAGCAGAGGCACUGAAACAGAGCAAUGCUAUAAUGAGGAAAUUCUUGGCUUCUAAGAAACAUGAAGCAGCUAAAGAAGUGUUCAGCAAAAUUCCACAGGAUUCUAUAGCUGAGGUGUACACAAGCUGGGAAGAUUAUGGAAUGGAUUUCAUGCCUCCAGCAGAGGAAGAAAAUGCUAUCCGGGAACAUUUGUGCAUAAGGGCUUAUCUGGAAGCUCAUGAAACAUUCAAUAGAUGGUUUAAAUGGAUGCAGUCUGCACCUCAAGAACCCACCAUUUCUGCAAGCGCAAGUUUCACAGAGACAGUGGCUCAUGAGCAUAAACAGAAGAAAUUCCAGAAUGAUUAUAAGAGAUGGAGUGAUGAUUUGGAAAGGCUCACCAAUGAAGUAAAAGAGAAGAUCUGUAAUGUCUUGCUUUUUGUGAAUGGAGGAUGGUUGAUUGACAUUAGAGAGGACACCGAUGAAGAUGCUGAACGCAGUCACCAGUUGAGCUUAUUACGCCAGCUGUGCCUACCAAUGAUGUGCUUCCUGCUUCACACAGUACUGCAUAGCACCAAACAGUACCAGCAAUGCUUAAAACUGGCUGAUGUCAUUGCAUCAGAACAACACAAGCUUUAUCAAGUAUUUUCCAAAGAGGAAAUGACAAAAUUUUUACGUUUGCUGAGAGAGUCAUCACUCAUGCUAUUGGAUCAGAACCUUGAUCCCUUGGGAUAUGAAUUACAGCCCUAGCGAAUAUCUAAAAUAGUUGAAAGGCUAUGAUUCUAUCAAAUAAAGAUCAGUAAUUUGCAGCCUUCUUUAGGGACAAUUCCCUCUUCCCACCAGCCUUUACCCUGACUUCUGUUUCAGAAGGUUGAAGUUUGUUUAGCAGGAAAAUGGCGAUAUGUGGAUUUACAAUUUUAUUGAAAGUUUGUAAUUUUUUGUACAAAAGUCUUUUUCAGCCUAAAGCAGUACGUCAGCUGCAGUACUCCUAUUUUGUAAUUAUUGCAAGCCAAUAAAGUGGAAAAGUUUCAAAA